GUACAGUGUAACGUCAAAAGCGAAACCAAUAUUUUUGUUGCGAAUUUUCGUAAUGGUGUAGUCGUGUGCUCAAUACGUUUUAGAUAAUUUUCAAUUUGAUGUUUAGGUUCUAAAAUAUUAAUAUAGUAUUCGGUUUAGGUAUUAUUUAGGCCAAAUACACGGCUGUGUAAAGAGUGCAAUGUAAUGUGAUAGUUGAUCGUUGAAAUCUUUGCAGUAGUAUCCGCUUUGAUCAUGAAAUCGAGUAAGCGGCGACUUCAAGCACUAACUGAAGGUUCUGAUGGAUUACCGAACUACCUUAAAAUGGAAGACUCUGAAACGUCUAUUCCCCCUAUCUUUAGAUCUCGACUGCAUGAACUGUUUUCGCAAAUAGAGAAAGAAUUUGACCUUCUGUAUUCGGAAAAUUUAAAUUUACAAGAGAAAAUUGAUAUUCUCAGUGAAAAAUUAGAACGAGAAAGCUAUGUGGGAGAUAAACAAAAUAUUGAUUACAUAGAGUUUGAAACUUCAGGAAAAAAUUCUAAAGUUAAAUUGACCCAGAGCAAUUCACAAAAGGUAAAAGCCAGUCACAAAUUGAAGGUACAGACAAGUAAGAUUGUGUCCAGUUUUAAGGCUCCUACAUACAAUUGUCAACUCAUUCGAGAAUUCACUGGACACAAGGAUGGCAUCUGGGAUGUUUCUACAGCUCGCCCCAAUCAGUCAUUAAUUGGAACUGCUUCUGCUGAUCACACAGCCUGUAUUUGGAGUGUAGAAUGGGCCAAGUGCUUACUCCAGUACACUGGUCACUCUGGCUCAGUAAACUCUAUCAGAUUUCACCCGAGCAGGGAUAUCGCCCUCACAAGCAGCGGUGACAACACUGCACACGUCUGGCAGGCGGCUGUUAAUUGGGAUUUGCCUCGAGGCCAGUCAUCUGAAGAGGAAUUGGAUGGGGGUGGUGAAGAAAGUCUUGGCGAGGGUGACAGACCGGAAGUCUUGCGUACACCUCUCAUCGAACUAACUGGUCAUUUGGGUGUAGUUGUCGCCGCUGAUUGGUUGACAGGUGGAGAUCACGUCAUUACCGCCUCAUGGGAUAGGACGGCUAAUUUGUAUGACGUCGAGACUGGGGAUUGCUUACAAAUACUUACAGGUCACGACCACGAGCUAACCCACGCCUCAGCACAUCACAGUUCAAGAUUGGUGGUGACAGCCUCAAGGGACACCACUUUCCGUUUGUGGGACUUCCGUGAACCAAUACACUCGGUUUCAGUUUUUCAAGGACAUACAGAGAGUGUCACAUCUGCAGUAUUUACUCGUGAAGAUAAAGUGGUUUCUGGAUCUGAUGAUCGUUCAGUCAAGGUGUGGGACGUGCGCAACAUGCGCUCGGCCCUGGCCACCAUCCGCUCGGACUCGUCGGUGAACCGCGUGGCGGUGAGCGGCGCCGGGCUCAUCGCCAUCCCGCACGACAACCGCCAGGUGCGGCUGUUCGACCUGCAGGGCCAGCGCCUGGCGCGCCUGCCGCGCUCCAGCAGACAGGGUCAUCGCCGUAUGGUAACAUCUGUGGCUUGGGCGGAGGACAUAUCAUCUAAUAUCAAUUUCUUCAGCUGCGGCUUUGACCGCCGCAUCCUCGGCUGGUCCAUACAACCCUCCAAGGACAACUGAAUCUCUACCUCAACACAUUGGUAUUAUUAUGCCGAUAGGUUCUAUGUACAGGGCCAAUGUAGUAGCUCGUCCAUUAAUCACGUAAGGUUCGAAAGGAAAGAAAAUCACGAAAUAUCACAAGGAGUAAAAGAGAUAUGCGCGUAUUUAUUACUCGUUGAACGCGCGAUUUCGAAAGCAUCAAACACCUUGCAAUCUUGAUGUCUGACUGGAAAUUUCUAUCACAAUGCUUAGUAUUUCCAAAUUUAAUCAGAUUAUAUACCUGUAUUUAAAAAUAGUAGGUAUUAUUAAACUUUCAAUAUAGUCAAAACAAGACAAGAGACAGUAAUUGUAGUCUAAAACCUCAAAACAUCACGAAGGGCAGUGGGGGGGUUAAAAAGUUGCUAAAAAAACAUCAUGUGAUGAAUUUUGACUUGAAUACGUCGGUUGAAUACGAUGGUAACACAAUCGGGGGAUAAAGUUUAUUCGAGCUACAUAUCUAUCAUCUCCAUCCAAAAAUUACACCACUGGGUAGCUAAAGGAUCAAAGAAUACGCUAACUGAGGACUGUAACACACCGCGCCUGGUGGGGAAGGGUCAUUUUUAAAUAUUAGUGACAUCCUUUUAUUAUUGAAAUACUUUAAAAAAAAUACACAUUUAACAUUAUUGAAUGCAGCUAAUCGCUAAAGACUAAUAUAAAUAUUAUUUUAUAGAAAUAUUACUAAAAAGGUUGCUUGCGCCUACGCAUUGACCCUUACACAGGACUAUCGGCUAUAAAUGUGUAUGGUGUAUGCUAUUUGUGAACCUUUUACUCCCGUCCUGCAAUUGUUUUAUUAACUGCUACGUGACAUUCAAAUAAAAGUUGCGUGUACGAAUAUAUAAAGAAAAAAUUAAUUACUUGUAUACUGCAGGAGUAUUACUCAAAACUCCUACUGUAUGUUUAUCUCUCUAACUUUUAUUACGUAUUUAAAAGUUUCUCAAAUAUUGCUAACGUAAUUGAAUUGCCUUACACAGGUAGGAACAUACUUAACUAUGACUUCAUUUUUUAAUAUUUGGUUUUUAAAUAUUUUGUCACAUCAGUCAUUAGAAUUCAAUUCUUUAACACCUACGUCAGAAUGUAAUUUUUUUAGUAUGCAAUUUACUAGAAUGUAUUUUAAUUCAAUAUACUAGCAUUGCAAAUAAAAUUGUCCAACACUGUUUCAUGAAAACAUAUGCAGGUACAGGGAGAAUUUGGUUCGCAACAUAUGAACUUUUAAAUGAUUAUAAAACUAGAAGUCUUACUAUAAAAUUUGAAAAUAUUCAUCGUUUACUUAAAUUGAAUAAUUCGUAAUAUUUUAAUAAUAUUACGAACAUUAAUAUUUAAAUUACUGUUUAGAAAGAAAAUGGUAAUACCACGCUUGAUCUUUUAAGGAAAUUAAAUACAAAUUAACAAAAUUGCAAUUAACUCUCCAUACAAUACUUCAUAAUAUUUGAAGUUACCAAUAUCACUACCAAAAUAUAUAUAAAACAAGUGACAUUCUGACAAUUACAAGUACAUUAGUACGUGUUUCGAUAAUUUCCAAGAGUGGUAAGGUAACAUUAAUGUUUGAGAAAUGUAAUUUACAAAUUGAAUUGAAAAAUUGUAAAAAAAAGUCUGCCCCACUGGUAGAUACAAUCAAGAGACAUAAAAUUAAAUCACAAAUAGUAAAUUCCCUUUUCUAUAAACGUAUAUCCAAAAAGUUAGUAAAAUAGAAUUAGUUUUAGUUUCGCGUAAAUAAAUCACCCGAUAGCCCUUGAUCAAACCAUAUCGGAAAAUCGAUUUUUUUAUAAAUAGCUUUGAAAGAAAGUAUCUAUACGCAUACUUAUUAUUAGGUUUAAUUGAAUGCCUCUCGCUUGUAUCUAUCUAUAUAAUAGAUUAUCGCAACAUAUCAGAUAUUUUUAACGCAAUAUAACUUCAAAAGGAGACCUCUGCGAUAUUUUAAUUAUAAAAGUAUGUAAUUACUCUUAACAUUUUAAAUGUAACUUUACUGUGUAUUCUAAAUGUUCUUAUGUAAGACUCCUUGUUAAAAAUAAAAUGUACUCUUUUAAUGAUAUGCUUCUGUAUAAAAAUAGAUAUGUAAGAAAAUAAUCAGUGAGAAAAAACAUCGUUAUCGAUCAUUUGUGAUAAAUAUAAUGUUAUUCCUAAA